CAAACCUCGUCCGACCUUUGGCACAGUUCUGUCUGCAGCAGAGGGAGCACAGAGCAGCCACAACGGUCCAAGAUGAACAGAGCUUUUAACAAGACGAGUCUGAAACAAUUGACUGGGAUCCUCCAGAGGUUUCAAAGCACCUUGGUUGUUGCAGAGCACAACAAUGACAAGCUGACCCCCAUCACACUCAAUGCCAUCACCGCUGCCUCUAAACUAGGCGGAGAGGUGUCUUGUCUGGUUGCUGGAACAAACUGUGCAAAGGUUGUGGAGGAAAUCAGCAAAGUACAAGGUGUGAAAAAGGUUCUGGUGGCCCAGCAUGAUACAUACAAAGGCGCCCUGCCAGAGGAGUUGACACCUCUUAUCCUGCAAACACAAAAGCAGUUCAACUUCACUCACAUCUGUGCUGGUGCAUCCGCCUUCGGAAAGAACCUGCUUCCCAGGGUGGCUGCCAAGUUGGAUGUUGCCCCAGUUUCAGAUAUUAUUGAGAUCAAAUCUCCAGAUACUUUCGUCAGGACCAUCUAUGCUGGAAAUGCCCUCAGCACAGUGAAAUGUAAUGAGCCAAUCAAGAUCUUCACCGUCAGAGGGACGUCUUUUGAGGCAGCUUCAACAGAGGGAGGAAGUGCUGCAUCAGAGGAAGUGGCUGCUGCUUCUCCCACCGGAAUUUCUGAGUGGUUGGAACAGAGUCUGACAAAGAGCGACCGUCCAGAGCUGACAAGUGCAAAGGUUGUGGUGUCAGGAGGAAGGGGUUUGAAGAGUGGAGACAACUUCCAGCUGCUCUAUGACCUUGCUGACAAACUGAAUGCUGCAGUUGGUGCAUCCAGAGCUGCAGUGGAUGCUGGGUAUGUCCCUAAUGACAUGCAGGUUGGACAAACUGGCAAGAUUGUAGCACCAGAAUUGUACAUUGCUGUUGGCAUCUCUGGGGCUAUCCAACACCUGGCUGGAAUGAAAGAUAGCAAGACUAUCGUUGCUAUCAACAAGGACCCCGAGGCUCCUAUUUUCCAGGUGGCUGACUACGGCUUGGUAGCAGAUCUUUUCAAGGCUGUUCCUGAGAUGACUGAAACGCUGAGCAAGUGAAAAGAAACAAAGUCCCACCAAAUGUUCAUCGUACGGCUCGACAAUGCAGAAGAAUAGAUCAGAGCGCGACCACAGGAAGCGCAGUCACCGCCUUAACAAAUUUCUCAAGUUGUGAGUGUUUGAGCGCAGAAGUAAUUUCAUCACUGAUAUCUUCUCUCUGCCUGGCAUCAGAGGAACAUUCUCAACCAAGAAAUGAAAGCCAGUUUUUAUAUAUAUUGUAGUAUAUAAGUAUUGAAUAUCAAUGGAUAAGGUGCACUUACCUUUGGUAGGGGGAUAUUGUUUGCUUUCUGUAGUACAAGUGUUGUAAUUUGUAUUUAAUUCUCUGGUGCAGUAAAAGACAUCUUUGGAAAUGCUUAACUCUGAUGUAGCUGAUUGUAAGAAGCAGCUCUUCCUGCUAACCCAGAAGAUAUGUACUUGUUGAGAUGCUUCUGGAAAACAAUGCAUUAAAUUGACAACUAAGAA